AUGGCUGAAUUAAAAAAAUCUGCAAAAAUUACUCACUCAUUGAAUGUACUUACAUCAUUUAAUGAACUAAAACAAUCUGACUGCAUUUGUAACUUCACAAUCAAAGUUGGUGACAAAUCUUUCAAAGUCCAUCGAGACCUGCUUGGCGCAGUAUCAAAGUACUUCAAAGGCAUGUUUUCAAGUAACAUGGUUGAGGCUCGGAAUGGUUUUGCCAUUAUGAAAGACAUCUGUGCUGAUGCUGUAGGGCAGUGUGUAGAUUUCAUGUAUACUGGUGAAGCAAAUCCAUCCAUGGAAUCUGUUGAAAAUACUUUGUAUGCUUCCCACUUAAUGCAGCUUGAUGUAUUAUCAAGUAUAUGCUUUAAUUUCAUGGAAAAUAAUCUGUCAGUGCAGCAUUGCCUUCUAGUGGUCAGGUUGGCAAGACUUUAUGAUCACAAAGAGCUUGAAACCACUGCUGAGCGAUUCAUUGUGGAUAAUUUUGAGUCUCUAAUUUUGGGUGAAAAUUUUCUACAUUUCAGCAAAGAAAAACUUGUAUUUUAUCUGCAAAAGUUGGGUAAAAAGCAUGAAGUAGUUUGGCAUGCUGUGAGAAGAUGGAUUUCAAACAAAGGUGAAAAAAUUGGAUCAGAAUUAAUGGAGACUUUGCAUUUUGGAGAGUUUCCUUAUAAAUUUUUUCUCACUGAUAUGCUAAAUGAUUCUUUGGUAGAAAGAUCUCCAGAUGCGAAAAGUUAUGUCAUCAAAAUGUUACUUUCAAAUAUCGAAGGGUUGAAAGCGAAUUUAUCUCUCGACACUUUAUUCAUUUUGAAGAAGAUUAAUCGGAUCGAAAACAAAGUUUGCUCUGAGAAUGAAACAAAAUAUUCUUCAGAGAAAAUCAAAUGGAAAGCUGCACUGAAAUGGGCCAAACAAAGUCGCCGUCAUCAGAAAAUUUUUCCAGACUUGUUCGAGUUGAUAAAACUUGAGGAUUUUUCUGAUGAUUUUGUACAAGAGACAGUCAGAAAUGAACCUUUGGUUAAAAGGUCACAUAAGUGUAAAGAUUUACUGCUUGAUGCUGUCUAUGCCAGAGCCCCUAUGGCUAAACUUGUCCCACUUAUUGCUGUCUCAACGAUGACUGGUAUAAAGGCUCUGAAUCUCCAAACAAAUCAAUGGUCUAGUUUGCAGUCAGAUUAUGAUGUUGGCUUUCAUCUUAUCAAUGCUGAAGGACGAUUGUAUGCUUCAGAUGGGAAUGAAUUGUCUUUGCUACAAGAUGGUCGAUGGAUUAAGAAGACCAAGAUUGAAAGGAAUAGUGCAAUGUAUGAUAAGAUGGUUUAUCUCAAGGGUGGGAUUUAUAUUAUCAACUAUGAUCAGCAUACAGUGCGAUAUGACAUUGCCAAAGACAGAUGGGAUAAGAAUUUGCCUUCAUGUGGUCAUGGUGUUGAUUUUUGUGCUGCUGCCUCUGAUGAGUUUAUAUAUGCGAUGGGAGGUUGGUUCACACUAAAAGAAGCAAAAGUAUACGAUCCUGGAACAAAGAAAUGGUCUUCUCUGCCACAGAUGAUUUAUGAAGCUUAUGGUGGUGCAGCAGUUGUUUUUCAAAGUAUGGUUUAUGUACUGGGAGGUUUUGAUGGUACAGGCGAUGUUCGCAACUUUGUUCAAUGUUAUAACCCUGUUGUUCGCUCAUGGACAGAAAUUGCAAAAAUGAAGAUGAAUAGAAGUUGGUUCAAAGCAUGUGUUUCUGAUAAUAAAAUGUAUGCAGUCGGUGGUGCUAUAGGUAAAGGCCUGACUAAGGAUACUAUUGAAGUAUUCAAUGGAGGAACUGGUGAAUGGAAAAUAGUCUGUGAAAUGGAUUUUCCUGAGGUUUAUUGGGUUCGUAGCUGUAAUUACGCUCGAUAG